CUCUCCCGCUCUACCAGACUCCACCACUCCCCUUUCUCACCAGUUUCCCCUCUAAAGUACCAACCAAGUCGUUACUACUCAUCCAAGAACACCACCACCACCACCACCACCAUGUCCAGCACCGACGCCCUGAUCAAGCUGGCCGAGAGCCGCCGCACAAUCUACCAACUCGGCAAGAACCCCGUCGUCCCCGACAGCAAGGUCGAGGACCUUGUUCGCGCCGCCAUCCUGAACGUGCCCAGCUCCUUCAACACACAGUCCACCCGGCUCGUCCUCCUGCUGAACAAGGACCACGACCGUCUGUGGGAUAUCACCAUUGAAACCUUCGAGGGGUUGGUCAAGUCCGGAACCGUCCCGGAGGAUGUCUGGAAGGAAAGGACUUUGCCCAAGUUGCAGGGCAUGAAGGCUGCUACUGGAACUGUCCUCUUCUACGAAGAUCCCGCUCACAUCAAGCCCUUCUCCGAGAAGUUCGCCAUCUACAAGGACCACUUCGCCCCGUGGGCUGAGCACUCCAACGCCAUGCACCAGUAUUUCCUCUGGACCGGUCUGGAAAGUCUCGGCUUCGGUGCCAACCUGCAGCACUAUAACCCCCUCAUCGACGCCGCCGUCGCCAAGGAGUGGGAUCUCCCCACCGAGUGGCGCCUGAUCUCCCAGCUGGUCUUCGGCAGCCCUGAGGGUGCCCCGGGCGAGAAGACCCAGAAGCCGGUUGAGGAGCGGCUCAAGAUUUUCGGCAGCAAGUAGACGGUCGAUGAUGGUCAGAUCACAGACACAGACAGACCUUUACAUGUACAUAGACAUAUACAAAUACACCCCCAAGU